AUGACGGCCACCACUCAGGCGCCCUCCAAGGCUCAGGCUGUGCACAUCCCUGCCCCCGCAGCCACCACCAGCACACCCGUGCCCAGUGCCACCAUCGACCCGCAGGCACAGCUGGAGGCUGACAAGCGGGCUGUGUACAGGCACCCGCUCUUCCCGCUGCUGACACUGCUAUUUGAGAAGUGUGAGCAGGCCACGCAGGGCUCCGAGUGCAUCACCUCCGCCAGCUUCGAUGUGGACAUUGAGAACUUCGUACACCAACAGGAGCAGGAGCACAAGCCUUUCUUCAGCGAUGACCCAGAACUGGACAAUCUGAUGGUGAAGGCAAUCCAGGUGCUGAGGAUCCACCUGCUGGAGCUGGAGAAAGUCAAUGAGCUCUGCAAGGACUUCUGCAACCGUUAUAUCACCUGCCUCAAAACCAAGAUGCACAGUGACAACCUGCUCAGGAAUGACCUCGGGGGGCCCUACUCCCCCAACCAGCCCUCCAUAAACCUGCACUCCCAGGACCUCCUGCAGAGCUCCCCCAAUUCCAUGUCUGGAGUCUCCAGUAACCCCCAGGGGAUCGUGGUUCCAGCGUCAGCGCUCCAGCAGGGCAACAUCGCCAUGACAACUGUCAACUCACAGGUGGUGUCAGGUGGAGCGUUAUACCAGCCAGUUACCAUGGUAACCUCGCAGGGUCAAGUGGUCACACAGGCAAUCCCUCAGGGAACCCUGCAGCUCCAGAACACACAGGUUAACCUUGACCUCACCUCCCUCCUGGACAAUGAGGAUAAGAAGUCCAAGAACAAACGCGGAGUCUUGCCCAAGCACGCCACCAAUAUAAUGCGUUCUUGGCUCUUCCAGCAUCUCAUGCACCCCUACCCCACGGAGGAUGAGAAGAGGCAGAUCGCAGCCCAGACAAACCUCACCCUCCUGCAAGUAAAUAACUGGUUCAUCAACGCCCGGAGGCGCAUCCUGCAGCCCAUGCUGGACGCCAGCAACCCAGACCCUGCCCCCAAAGCCAAGAAGAUCAAGUCGCAGCACCGGCCCACCCAGAGAUUCUGGCCCAACUCCAUUGCCGCAGGAGUGCUGCAGCAGCAGGGGGGCACCCCGGGCACAAACCCUGAUGGUUCUAUCAACUUGGACAACCUGCAGUCCCUGUCCUCAGACAACGCCACAAUGGCCAUGCAGCAGGCCAUGAUGGCCGCCCAUGAUGAUUCCCUGGAUGGGACGGAGGAGGAAGAUGAAGACGAAAUGGAGGAGGAAGAAGAGGAGGAAGAAGAGGAGCUGGAGGAGGAGGCAGAUGAGCUGCAGACUACAGAUGUUGGUGACCUAAGCUUGGAACAUAGUGACUCCCUGGAGUAGGGGCCGCCCCGCCACUGGUGCCGGGGGUGGGUGGGGAGCAUGACCCCAGCUACAGCUGGGGCAGGAGCAUGGGUGGCUGCACCCAGGAAGUCAGGCCCUGGCUCCCCCAUUAGUAGCUUGAAGAGACGCCGUGAGAGGGAACACCUGUCCCUCCUCACCCACUGAGCUUCCACCAGCUCCUCUCCCCAGAACUGUGGGGGACUCCAUGUGGGGAAGGGCAGGUGAGAUGGACUCACCAGCACCUGAGGACAGAGGGCCCAUGCCCCACCCCACCUACCCCAGGGACAUGUGUGGUUAAGCCCACACUGCAGGGGACAGUGCUGUGGCAGCCAGGCCCAGGAUAGGAGACACCCACCCGCAUCCCACCCCAGGAGCCUCCAGCAGGAGGGAGCCCCAAACUCCAGCUGUUCAGCCCGCAGCUCAGGGUGGCUUGGAGACACAGUGAACUUGGAGAUGGGUGGGGCCACCUGGGUGCCUCAUUCUCUCUUCUUCUCUCCCCCCCCCCAACUCUUUCUUCUUUCUUCUCUUUCUCCCCACUCCCCUAUUCUGGAAAUACAUCGAGAGCCCUGGGCCUAUGUUGCCAGAGUUGAAAGUCUGUCCACCUGGCUGGCUUCAACACCCAGCAGAUGGCAGGACCUGGGCCAGGGGCCUUGUGAAGGUGACUUUGGGAGCCACACUGUCCCCAGAUGGUCACAAGACUCAGCUCCUGUCACCACAGGACAGUGGUGUCUUAUCUCAGUUAUUCCUCAUAUGUGUUCCAACCCUCCAUAAAGCAGCAGAGAGGGUGGGGCCAGAAGAGCUGGGAAUCUCUCUGCUGUGGGGGUCUCCCCACCCCCGUUCCUCUCCAGGUUGAUUCCACCAGCCUCCAUCCUCUCUUCUUCAUUCUAUCCUUGAGAGAAGGUAGGGAAACCUUGGCAAGGAGUAUCCAGCCCGCAGGAAGCCAGGGGCUGGAGAAGGUGCUACGUCCCCCUCCCCAUCAGUCCACAGCGUGGAGCUGCCCGUGGUGCCAUGCACCACCUGGGCCCAGGCUCCUGCCAGGAGGAGGCUUUCCAUACUCCCUGCCCACCAGCCCCCAGGUCUGCCACCCCCUCCCAGACCCUCACAUGUGCCUCCCCCUGGAUGUACGUUCAAUGACUGGCGGUUGUGUCAGUUGUGUGUUGCCAUCUCCUCUGGGGACAGGUGGUGAGAGGAUCACCUGGCUCCCCCUGGGACCCCUCAGAGCCCUCUGGGGCUCCACUUCCCAGGGGCUGGGGGUAGAACCAAGGUUGGCCACUUUCUGAGGUCUCCCAAAAAUGAAUGUAUUUCUCCCCCCUACACACACAUUCUUCGCCCCCACCCCAACCCCCCAGAAAAGCGCUGGUAUUUAAUGUUUUACUAGGGGUUUUUGAAAAACAACCUUAUUUAUAAUCUGGGUGAUCCAGUCAUUUUUUACUCCCUCAUGACGCCGCAGGUCAAGGAAUUCAAGUUUUUGUGAGACUUUUGCAACGUGCAGUGGGUAAAAGACAUUUCUUUCUUGCGGUGUUUUUUUCUGCUCAAACCCCUGCCCCCAGCACCCUGUCGUCCAGACCCUCCUCCUGCCUCCUGUGACAGCCUCCUCCUAAUGCAGCCACCAGCCAGCACUGGAUGUGGAGGGACGUUUUCAGUAAAUCUUACCACCUUCUGA